AUGGCUAACAAUUACAAACAGAUGGUUUCUUUCUCCGGCAAGACUAUUGAAGUGACCGUCACGGACAAAGCUUCCAUGGCUGAUGAAUGGGUCCAAAAUGUACUCUCUCUUCACAGCGGCAAUCAAAAGAUGAUCGUCGGACUAGACUGCGAGUGGAGGCCUCACGUCAUCAGCUCAAUGAGUAAUAAGACAGCCACACUGCAGCUAUGCAUCGACACCAAAUGCCUCAUCCUCCAAAUGUUCUAUAUUGACUACAUUCCGCAGUCCAUUAAGAAUUUCCUCAAUGACCCUAACAUUACUUUUGUCGGAGUUGAGGUUGAGGACGAUGCAAUGAAGCUUAGGGAGGAAUACGGCUUGAGGGUCGCAAGCACCACUGACAUCCAAGCCGUGGCUAUGACGCGCUGGCCGAUACGAUUUUAUCGCAAACCUGGUCUGAAAAAGCUUGCUUAUGCAGUCGCGGGAAUUUCUAUGGAGAAACCGAUGCAUGUUUGUAGGAGUAACUGGGAGGCUAGGGUUCUUGAUGAGAAGCAGGUUGAGUAUGCUUGUAUCGAUGCUUAUGCUUGUUAUAGGAUUGGUCUCAGUCUAGUCGCCUAA